UACAGACUUGGGGACCAGCAUUUGGGGGAAUUAUAUAUCCAACCCCGCUGCUCACAUUUUCUCUACCUUUGCAGCGGCACAGAGAGUACUACAGACGUUCAUAUCUUCCUCUCCGGCUGAAUUAAUUAAUUAAAGUACUUUGUCUUGUUUUCUGCAGGUCAGUGGGACAACAUGAGACUUUCACUGGGCUUUUUACUUAUUGCCAUCUCCAUGGUGUUGGCAGGGAGUGUCACCAUCAAGACCUUGGUGUUCCCGGGUGAGUCCAGCAACACUUAUGUUGAGAUGGUCCCUCAGAAACCUCUGGACCUGAGGGCGUUCACUCUGUGCAUGCGAGUGGCCACGGAGCUCACUGGGGAGCGUGAAAUCAUCCUCUUUGCCUACCGGACCAGAGACUUCGAUGAGCUGAAUGUAUGGCGAGAGCUGGACGGCAGAUUGUCUUUCUACCUGAGCGGAGAAGGAGUUUUCUUCAAAGUCCCUGAGCUCGGGCCACUGGAGACCCACCUGUGCUUCACCUGGGAUUCCGGUUCAGGUGCGGCUACCCUCUUCAUGGACGGGAGGAGAAGUUCGACUAAAAUCUACAAGAAAGGUCACGCUGUGCGCAGCGGUGGAAAGGUUAUCCUCGGACAAGAUCCAGAUUCUUAUUUGAGUGAUUUUGAUGCCAAUCAGAGCUUUGUCGGGGAGAUCUGGGAUGUGAACAUGUGGGACUCUGUCCUCUCAGACAGCACGAUCCGAGACAUGUCCUCCAUGAAUAGAGUGCCCAGGGGAAAUGUCUUUGACUGGGAAAGUACAGAGCUUAAAAUUAAUGGGAAUCUGGAGGUUGUAAAUCGAGAGCUUUAGGCUCUGACUCUGAAUGCUUGAACGAGGGUAGUGUCAAGGAACAUGAUUUAUUUUUCUCUGAAAUAAAAAACUUGACCUCACAAUGCCUGUUUUUUGUGCAACUUCACUACAUCGUGGAGGUUAGCAUGAACUUUUUUUUACUCACCAUAUUUGUCUCACCAAAGUCUAUUAUAUACAAUAUUAUAUAACGCAGUAAUCAAACUGUAUUGUG